AUGAGACGUGGUGAGCGAACAAGAUCAACAUCUGCCAUCUCGAUUAACCAGACCGACGAUGCAAUGCGCUCGAGCCAGGUCCAGCUCAUGGCGAGCAUCUACAGCUCAGCCUCUUCCGUAGCACAACCCAUAGCCGACCCUCACGAGAAUGGUGAGAUCUUCCUUGCGACGUCCUCCUCCACGACCCUAAAUCCUGGGACGCCGUACGGGCCCUCUUCCGCCGCAACUGCUUUGCCAGAUUGUGGAUCAUCCAAGAAGUCGUCCUGGCACGCCAGGCCGUCGUGCUCUGCGGCCACCAGACAAUCUCGUGGUCGCACCUCGAGUUCGCACCUCGAGUUCGUCUCCCACUUGUUCUCCACCAACUCGUGGUUGGGCUACUUUCCUCAACGAGUCUCAUUCGAGACAGCUCCCCCGGGAUCCUGCCACUACAAUAUGCCCACGAUCCUCAAGGCGAAUAAAGUCUCGCGUCGGGAGAGCGAGGGCUACGCCAAAGCCCUCGCGCACGCGCUAGUCCGCACGCGGCACUUCCGCGCCACGGAUCUGAGACAGGCAGCGGCUGCGGCCGGUGUACGGCAAGGAGGCCACCGUGGGAUCCGUUCGUUGAGCAUGCUGGAGAUACGGGCUUUGAAGAUUGAUGUGAUCCGCAAGGCUGCUGAGACGAAGCACGAAAUCUACUCUGGCGCGCCGUUUCCAACAAUGAUGAAGAUCCUGGUGGGCGAGGGUUCUCGCGAGGAUGGAGGAGUAUUGAAUGCGUUCCUGGCUCACGCGUACCAGUGA